GACAGAACUCGUGGAGUCUCUCUAUCCGGCCAUUGGCCUCAUGAUAACCAUGAUAACCACACACAGUGACGAUCGCGGUCUAGUUAUCCCACCUCUCUACCAACUUCACGCAAUACAAAAGACCACCAGGAUCUUCGUGCGGAGAUUGACUCUAUCCAAUCCAUACUGUCUUCUCUUGGUGUUCGUGCCACGACAGACCUCUGUGACUGGCAUUCUCGUGCCUGGAAGGUCCAGGAAUGGGUGAUCCGGGGUGCUGCUGUCCUUGGUAGUGAUAGUGGGCAUACGGCUAUAGACACCUCGAGCUCUUCAGUCAAAUCCUUAUGCAUUUCCAGAUGCAUCAACCCCAACCCUGGAUAUAUUGCAAAGAAGUGGGUCGUGUUUGGAUACAGGUAUUCAAUUUGACGAAGGACCAUGACCAUAGAAGCCAGUAUCAUUGAUAUUUCAGCUAUAAUGCUCAUAUGAGUAUGUUGACAGGACAGAAUGCCUGGUUGAGGCAACUGGAAGGAAAGAGAAGGAGGGCCAAACUUAUACACCCUGGGAUCCAUCAUACCUCUAUGUCAUACCUUGGGCUUUCAGUUGACUGUAUACCUGGUUGACUUAUUGGUUUGGAUAGUUGCCCGUUAUACUAUGACUACCUUAUGCCAUAGUUAAGCAUGAAGAGAGAAAGAGUAGAAUUAGGAUUGUAUUAAUAGUUAUGACGAACAUCAUGAUCUAAGCUGUUGAGCGCGCUAUCAAUUAUUCCCGAAAAAGAUUCCUCCGAUUAAUUACCUACCAAUCUACACCUACGACCAAACUCAACCAAGACGAAAAGACAGAAACAGACAUGGUCCGCCUAAAACACCGCUACCUCCUCCUGGAAAUCCUCUACCCGGACCCAACAUCAUGGCCGAAAGCAGCAGUGCCAUCAACAACACCAUCGACAACGACGUCAACAUCGACGCGAAAACCCUCAUCAUCGCAGUCGCAGCCACAGCCCCAACAUCCCCAAUUACAAAUCCAUUCCCCAACAUCCAACGUCUUAACUCCCGGUUUACUGGCCAAGAUGGUCCGAGAGGAAGUCGCAGAAGUAUUUGGUGAUUGGGGGGUUGGGCGGUUGGGAGGGGGAGUCAGUGUGAAAUACCUCUCCCCUGCAACAUCAACAGCUAUAAUCCGCUGUCCUCGCGCAUCCUUCAGACUCGUCUGGUCCGCUUUAUCAUAUAUGUCUCAUGUACCCGAUUUCAAGAACCCAUCUACUGUAGAUGGUGGUUCCGGUUCCGGCUCCGGGGCUAGUUCUAACACAGGCAAACGGUUCGGCGCGGUGGUAGCGACGCGGCCGUGUGUGUUUCGCGUUCUAAGGGUGUCUGGGACGAUGAGGAAGGCGGAGGAGGAGGCGAUUCGGGGGGCUAGGAGGGAGAUUGUGCGGUUGAGGGUGCUGGAUGAGAAGGGGGUUAUGGGAGGAUUGGUUGGUUCAAGUUUAGCUGGGAAUGAGAGUAUUGGUGAUGUAGUGAGCGAUGAAGACGAUUAUGAUGGGAUGGGUACUGAGGAUGAGUAG